AUGGAGGGCGAGUAUAAUGACCCCGCAUCAGGUUACCAUUUCGACCUCAGCAACUCAUCGAACUCUGAAGAAAUGAUCUCAAUCAGCGACGAGGAGCAAUCACGUCAAGUGAUGAAUGACCGCCGUCUGACGCAAGCCAUCAGCUACUUAAGAGAAGAAGGAGGUGAUGACUCUCCCGCGAGGUACAUGAAACGUGUAGCCAGAAUCAAUGCCGAUCUUGUUCAACGACUACCUCAGCAAGGAGAGGACUUCGACCAUACGCUUUACCGACAUUUGCAAGCUGCAGUUCGCGAAGAACUGGCAGCCUUCGAGAGAGCCAGAAAAGAUUCUCAUUCUACCGUGUUAGAAAGAGAUGGCGUUUCAGCACUAGAACAUGAAGAAGAAAUUUCAGAAGACCAACUUUCAGAGCAACAUUCGCCACCUCCAACGCCGGCCCUAUACCGAAUAGAUGAGCUACCCGACAAUAUUCGCCCUAAAAGCCUGAGAACAGGGCAAAAGGUAGAAGAAAAGAUACAACACGUGCGUCAAUUUCAUUACGGCGGGCCUUCAAAUGAGGCGGAGAACUGGCACAGCAAUUUCCCAGCUGUUCUCCCCUUUCCGGAGACAUUUCAAUUAGCGCAUUGGGAGAGUCUCAAGAUUGAUUUCGAUAUCUCGGAACCUGGAAAGAAGCUGAAAGCAGACGGCAAAGUUGUGGAAACCAAUAUAUCCUUCGAUCACCCUGCGCUCGGUCGAUACAAAAAACUCUCACUGUACGAGUCGGGAUCGCGAUUCAAACUUCCGACGCCACCCAAGGAGAUUGCAGAUGCGGCCAACCGGCUGUGCACAGAAGAAGAACUUGCAAAACAUGUAGACAGUUUCAAUAGGGGUGGUGAGAAAGAAGAGCUCAAUAAGGAUUCCAUGCCUCGGAUAUUCCUAGAAAAAUUCUCAGUUCAGAAGCAAAACGGCCCGACAGACAUUCGUCGUGCUAUGAACGUCUCACCAACGAAACCACACAAAACCAUCCCGCGAGCUCAAGUGAACAGAAAAGCUGUCGCAGAUCAUCAACUCCGCGUCGCAAUGGAAGAGGCUCGAUCGGCAGAAAAGAAGGCUCGCGCUGCAACAGAAAAGGCACGUAAAGCGGCGCUAGAUGCUCGCGUGAUUGCAGAACAAGUAAACUCAGGAAAGUCAUCACCUGUUGCCAGAAAGAUCAAUCGCGAGCGCGCGAGAUCUCUUGAGCGUAGCCCAAGGCGACAGAGUGGGAUUAGCACUGCAGCACAAAGCCCUGAGAGUACUCCAAUGAUGGCUGCUAUGCUUCCACAGCAGACACUCAACCAUCCUCGUGGGUCUAGUAUGCCAGCAACACAAAAAUCUCAAGCAGUGCCUACUCCUGCUCCUGCCGCCGCUCCCAAACCUACCCGUCGAACGCCAGUUAAACGCAAACAAAGCAUCGGCGACCGAGCUUAUACGCCAGAGCGCAAGCGCAAUAAGCUUACAGUACCGUCAUCACUGAAGAAAGGAGUUGGCUCUACACAGCAUACCCUAGAUAAGACUGUUCGCUUUGAGUCUGAAGACUCGACGGACACAUCUGACAGCGCCAUCGUCGCCACAGCAUAUAAGCGCAAAACGCCGGGGAAGAAGCCCAUCUCCAAGGCUGCAAAAAGAGUACCUCCAAAGCCUGCGGCAAAUGCUGGCGUCAAAAUUGUAGACACUACAGUGGUUAUCAAAAAGGAGACUAAAGCUACUACAGCGGGAAAAGCAGUAGAUAAGGCGCAGGCCAAGAAGGUAGUAGAGGAGUAUGUCGAUGAAGAUGACUGA